AUGUCCGAAAAAGACGUUCAUCCAAACAAAUACAGCGAACUGCGUAGUAUCUAUAAAUACUACAUUGAUUCAUACAUUGCGUUGUAUCAGCUGAAAACGGAAAAAGAAGAAGAUUUAAACUCUAUUUACAAAAUAAUCAAAACAGAAUUGAUUGAUACAAAUAAAUAUUCUCCCAAAAGCAUGAUAAAAGACAUUUUAAAUAUCAUUCCGUAUAAUAAUCGCUAUGCAAAGUCAUAUUUAUCUCUUGCCAAACUCAUAUCUGAUGAAUAUCAUGUCAAAGAGGCUAACAAUGUCAUAGGACUUUCAAUAUUAAUGUUUUAUAAAGAAUAUGGAAUUAAAUUAUCUAAAUAUGGUGACUUCGAAAAUUAUGAUUUUAAAAAUUUUGAUAUUCAUACAGAGAAUACAAUAUACAGAGCAAUUAUGUAUAAUGACUUAGAAAGAUUCAUUUUAUUCACAGAAAUAGAUGAAUUUGAUAAAAAUCAAACACUUAAAAGCCAAUUAUAUCCAGACUCUUACAAAGAAUAUUCAUUACUUGAAUUAUGUUGUUACUAUGGGGCUGUUGAUUGUUUCAAUUUAUUAAGAACAAAAUUCAGCUCAAAAAUAACUCAAGAAUGUCUAGAAAAUUCAUUUUUAGGAGGAAAUCCGGAGAUCAUGAGUGAAUGUUUGAAAUAUCAAAAACCAGAUGAAUAUUGCAUGAAAUAUGCAAUUAUCUCGCACAACAUUGAUUUUGUUACAUUCUUGAUGAAUGAAUACAAUAUAGAGAUCGAUUUAGAAUACUGCACAAUUUACAAUAAUCUUGAAUCCUUUUUAGUUUAUUUCGAUCAAACUAAUGAUUUUAACAAAUGCUUUAUUAAUUCAGUGAGGUUCAAUAUUCCAUCCCUUUUGGAAUACUUCCUUUCACGUGGUGCGAAUAUCAAUGCAAAAGUUGAAAGAGGAGAAACUGCUCUUCAUUAUGCAACAUUGAAUAAUAGUAAAGAAACAGCCGAAUUUCUUAUUUCACAUGGUGCAAAUAUCAAUGAAAAAGAUAAUGACGGAGAAACUGCACUUCAUCUUGCAGCAUUGAAUAAUUAUACAGAAACAGCUGAAGUUCUUAUUUCACAUGGCGCAAAUAUAAACGAAAAAAAUGAAUUUUUAAGAACAGCACUUCAUUAUGCAGCAGAAUAUGAUAAUGGUAAAGAAACAGCCGAAGUUCUUAUUUCACAUUGUGCAAAUAUCAACGAAAAAGAUGAAUAUGGACAAACCACACUUCAUUGGGCAGCAUGGUAUAAUAGAAAAGAAACAGCCGAUGUUCUCAUUUCACAUGGUGCAAAUAUCAAUGAAAAAGAUGAAGAUGGACGAACCGCACUUCAUUUUGCAGCAUUGAAUAAUAGUAAAGAAACUGCCGAUUUUCUUAUUUCACAUGGUGCAAAUAUCAAUGAAAAAGAUAAUGAUGGAGAAACUGCACUUCAUCUUGCAGCAUUGAAUAAUAGUAAAGAAACUGCCGAAUUUCUUAUUUCACAUGGUGCAAAUAUCAAUGAAAAAGAUAAAGAGGAAAACCUGCACUCAAUAUUGCAGCAUUGA